CCCUCUCCCUAGCUUUCCAAAUCAGGAUUCCCUUGUAAAUAAAUACGAAUCCCAAACUCCAAUUCCAUCCCUAAAUUUCAAAUCUAACAAAACAAAACUCCACACUCUUGUCAAUGGAGAAGAGCAACUCCUUCAAAGCAGGCCCUCAGAGUCCAUGGAGCUCCGACUUCAAACUCGGCGCCACCGAUCGCCGCCUCGCCUUUUCCCGCCAGGCCUCCAUCAACCUCACCGACUCUUCCUCCUCCUCCUCCUCCGCCGCCGCGCCCUUCCUCUCCCGCUCCGUCUCCAGCAUCGACGUCCCGCCGGCCGACGAAACCGACAAGCUUUUCGACGUCUCCGCCGAGAAAUUGACCUUGCUGACUCUAUUCGAAUCGGUUUCCCGGAUCCUGAGAUCCGGCAACCGCUACAUGAAGCGGUUGUUCCUCUUGAUUUCGCUCAACGUCGCGUACUCCACCGCCGAGCUCUGUAUCGGACUCUUCACCGGGCGUGUUGGUUUGGUAUCAGAUGCAUUUCAUUUGACUUUUGGGUGCGGAUUGUUGACCUUUUCGCUCUUCGCAAUGGCGGCUUCCAGGAAGAAGCCUGAUGGAAUUUACACUUAUGGGUACAAGAGGCUCGAAGUUUUGUCGGCUUUUACCAAUGCUCUGUUUCUUUUGUUUAUGUCAUUCUCCUUGGCUGUAGAAGCACUCCACGCAUUUAUACAGGAUGAAUCUGAACACAAGCAUUACUUGAUUGUUUCAGCAGUGACAAAUCUACUGGUGAAUCUUAUUGGUGUUUGGUUCUUCAGAAAUUAUGCUCGUAUAAAUCUUGUUUAUAGGAAUGCUGAAGAUAUGAACAAUCACUCAGUUUGCUUGCAUGUUCUCGCGGAUUCCAUUCGCAGUGCAGGGUUGAUACUGGCAUCCUGGUUUCUGUCACUUGGGGUUCAGAAUGCAGAAGUUUUGUGCUUUGGAAUAGUUGCAGUUGCAGUAUUUAUGCUUGUAAUGCCACUCUUUAAAGCAACUGGAGGUAUUCUACUCCAAAUGGCACCACCAAAUGUUCCAACUUCAGCAUUGAGCAAAUGCUGGCGACAGAUUUCUGCCCGUGAAGAUGUUUCUGAAGUUUCUCUAGCUCGAUUUUGGGAGGUGGUUCCUGGUCAUGUAGUUGGUUCACUCUCAUUACAGUGGCUGAUAUCAAACAGGUCAAGAAAGGUAUAGAUGAGCGCCCGGUUCUUCAACUGGUGCAUGGUUUGUACCACGACUUGGGAAUACAGGAUUUAAGCGUACAAGUCGACCACAUUUGAGACUCUUUGUCUCUGGCUUACACAUUGAUUUGUUGGAAAAAAUGAAAUCGAUUUGGAAUCAGAAAAUAUAGAUUUUUCUUUUCUGGUAGUCUCAGAUAUAGGUCGUUUUAGAUCAUGGCUUCAUCGGUAGAACAUAACUAGAUUAUAUCCUGUUAUAGAGUAAUGUGAUCGAAUCCAUGUCACUAUAUCGAUAGAAAAUGUAUUAGUUCUUUGAACUUGGCAAGCUUCUUGUGACAAUGUAUAAUUGCAUGCUAUUUUAUUUGAAACACAAGUAAUUUUUUUUCCUCGGAAUA